AUUGUUCGUGAGUGAUUCCUUUGCAGGGUCGCAUCCUCUGGUCCGUCAUGGAUCCAUCUGCUCCCGCUGCCGACCGUCUUCAUCAGAGUCGUCCAUCAACGAGCCACGACGAAGGAGCCGAUGCAACCACGACCACCCGGGGUGCUCGCAAGGACGCCGUGGCCGAAUAUUCGCGUCUGAAAGGCAACCAAAGGCCCUGGAGGCGUGUGAUUCUGUAUUUUGAACCAUCAUGGUUCAGCGUCAACAUGGGCACCGGGGUUGUGUCCAUCCUACUUCACAACCUACCCUACAACGCGGAGUGGCUAUAUUGGAUCUCCGUCGUUAUAUUCUGCCUGAACGUUGUUCUCUUCAUCCUCUUCUUCAUCAUCUCCGUACUUCGAUACACGGUGUUCCCCGGCGUAUGGGGCUGCAUGAUACGGCAUCCGGUUCAGUCGCUCUUUUUAGGGACUUGCCCGAUGGGCUUGGCGACUAUCAUCAAUAUGAUCGUCUUUGUCUGCGUUCCGGCUUGGGGUACAAAAUUCGCAACUCUAGCCUGGGCUCUUUGGUGGAUUGAUGUUGUAGGGGCUGUCGGGACAUGCUUCUAUCUCCCCUUUAUCAUCAUGUACAAACAUGAGGCCCACCUAGAAACCAUGACCGCGGCAUGGCUACUGCCUAUCGUUCCAACGAUAGUUGCAGCAGCUACGGGCAGCAUUGUAGCGUCUGUGCUGCCCAGUCACCAUGCUAUCAUUACUAUCAUCACAAGCUACAUUCUUUGGGGCUGCGGUGUGCCACUUGCCCUUUUUACGAUGGUAAUCUAUUUUGAGCGCCUCACGAUGUGUAAAUUACCACCGCGGGAGGUAAUCGUCUCUGUCUUCCUACCCCUCGGCCCCCUAGGCCAGGGCGCAUUCGGCAUCAUGAGGUUAGGCAAAGAGACGAUGAGGCUUACGAACGAUGUUAAAUUCCUGCCCGAUGCUGCGGUUGCUGGUCAGGUCUUUUACUCCCUCGGCUUUUUCGCAGCUUUCAUACUGUGGGGAUUUGGCCUCGUAUGGCUGUUUUUUGCAGUUGCCUCCAUCACCCGCAACAGGUUUCCUUUCAACCUUGGUUGGUGGGGAUUCACCUUCCCCCUAGGUGUCUACUCAACAGCAACCACAACUUUCGCACAGGAGAUCCCGUCAGCAUUUUUUAAGGUUCUGGGGACCAUCUUCUCUCUGGUCGUGGUCUUCCUCUGGGUAGUCGUGAGCAGCGGAACAAUUCGACAUGCCUAUCUAGGCGAUCUAUUUCAUGCUCCGGGAUCGAGACCCUCACAGGCCGAACGCAAGAAGAACGAUGGCAAAAGAAGCCUGCGUAAUAUCGUAUGAGUCGAGACACCUGAGUUGGGAUUCGAAUCGGAUUACGAAUUUCAGGUUCACCGUUUAGCCGUCUCCAGAAAGCAAAGAAAAAGCAAUCUGAUCAGCAACCGCCCGUGUGCUCCUAA